CUCCAGUAUACAAUUUUUUUGCAUAUAUACUUCGUAUAUAAAAGUUAGAUAACAAACUGAUAAGCUAUGGUGCUGACACCUUUUUACUACAUACUUAACACUUUUUAUUGCAACUUUAUGGGAUAGCACACAGUCCGCCGAAACCUCGAAUGGCACUAUUUUGCGGUGCAGCUCUCGGUGAUCGUUCUUAAAAGGAUUGUUGUGUAUUUCUUAACGGGGCAGUUCUCGGUGAUCUUUUUUGAAAGGACUGUGUCGUUUGAUCCCUUGUAUAUUUUUAUCGGGACAACGUGUUUCAGGGUCCGUCAUCCUUCGAAUUUUCCCCUUUGUUAUCAGGCCAAUGCUCUGUAAAAACUUAUAUUGUAUUUACUUUUUUGUUUUCAACGACCUUUGUUUCGAUAUCUAAGAUAUAAGACAUUUGCAAAAACUAUUGUCUUGUAUCUCGCCCCUUUCUUAGAUCUCCACCGGAGGGUUUUUUGUCAUUUUACUGAAAUAUUGAUUAGAUUUAUUUAAAAUAAAUUUACAUCAAGUUCACUUGCAGGCUUGUUGGUUUCGCCGAGAAAGAAAGCGUUUUUUGCCUUCCUUGGGUCAGCAUUUUUAUUUAGCUCUAUUGAAAUCCCAAAAUGAGUUGUACUGCUAGAUUCAAAUGUCUUUCAGUCAAUCUUGCUUAUCUCUAUCCUCUGAAUUGUCAGAGAAUGACCCAGACUACGAUGUUGCCUUUUUCCAUAAUCAGAUCACUGCUGCAAAUUUGACAUUCGUUGAUCAAACCAGGUCGAAUGUUCCUUUGAACGGUGAAAUUUAGAGACUUAAUUGUCAAAACCGUUUCUCGGUGGUGUUAAUACACCUAUGUGCUGAGCCGUUCUCUCUUUCUAAGAAGCCAGAUAUUGAGGGCAUGACGUAUAUCCUGCCUGGUUCUGCUUUGACAUGUUUAGCGCUGUUUGUUUUCGAUCGCCUGUCUUUCCGCCUUAUUUGAUCAGAAUUUAGGAAGCAUAUCGUCGACCUCCAAAGAACCAAAUAUUCCAAAUGGUUAUUUCCCGUUUAUAAAGCAGUUCACUUAAUUGUCAUAUUUCUGACUUUUUUCAAAACAUUCUCUCUUGAAUAUAAUCCAAUUUUUCAGCACAUGCUUUUUGCAGAAGAAAGGUGUCCUAUCUACUUAAAUCACCUUUUCUCUAGCCCUCUCGACUUUUCUUGAAUCGUUUUUUAUCGGCAUGUAGAAUGCGCCACCAACACAUCUUCUGUUAGCUUUAUGUAAGCUUAAGGUUUGUAUUUUUGCCGCAUCGCUAUUCCACUGAUCACACUGAAUUGCCAAGCAAAUCACGACUCUAAAUAUGUAUUUUAAUCCCCGGUUUUUUAACGAAUAUAUCAUUAAGAAAUAAUUACGUCAUGCUUUAUUAUUACCAUACCAUUUUCAAAAAAUUUUCUGUUCAUCUCCAAAGACAGUACCAUGCUUGCUUAUUUUUAUCAUCACAGUUUUUUUGAGUCACUUGGAGAAAACCUUGUUAGCAAAGCUUUUUUUUCCAAGUCUAUGUUUGAGUUGGACCACGCUCUAGGAACUCGGGAUAUUUUAACUGGAUAUCUGUUUCCUAACUUGGUGUUUAGGCCAAAAGAUGUGCCAAUAGUUGGGCUUUUGCCUCCUUCGAAGCAUUUUUUUCAUUAUCAUUCCUUUUAAGCCUUAUAUGACAUAUAUUAUUCAAACCACACAUCGCCUGUUUGUACGAUUAUUAAUGAUUGCUAUUAGAUAAUUGCUGAUUUAUUGGUAGCAUGACUUUUAGCAUCAAUUAUCCACUAAAUACAAAUAUAACUUUUAAUGCCUUAUGUACAGUAACGUCCAUUUCUUCUUAUCGUGUCACUACAAGAAUUCUUUAAUAUCUUUUAUAUGUUGUUUCAUGCUUGGCACUGUUAUUGCCACAUUCAAGGGUAAUUUUGUUGAAUUUAGAUGGGGUAAAAUGAAGAAUAAAUGGCAAGGCGUUGAGAUAUAAAAAUAUCUAUAUCUUUAACGAAUAAAACUCUUGAAAAAUGAUGGCAGUAACUUGCAGGCAGCGUAAACAAGAAUGCAUAACGAUGCUGUCAUUUGCAGAGUUGAAUUUUCAAUGCAGAACAGUGAAAGAAUGACCCUGCCACAUCUAGAAUUAUGUUUGUAUUUGGCUUUUCUGAUAAGCCUGGCCAUGGAUUCAACGUAAUCACUGUAAUAACAGAAGAAAUGAUUAGAACUAGUCUAAAUGUAAAUACUUGCAGACAAAGGACCCUAAAAAACCGACACGAUUCUUACCGUAUCUCUGAACCAAUAGUGCUUUGUUUGAUAAAUCCCUCUAUUGCGAAAAGUGUUCACUGGGUUUCAUGUCUUUAUUUGAGUUUGCCUAGUUUUGAUAGCUCGAGGAUUUCCUUGUUUUCACAGGUCAUGCUUUAUACAGUAGUAAUAAUAGUUUAAUUUUUAGCAAAGAAACCACCUCUUAUGCUAACUUCAAAGUCCAACAUUUUUUAUAUUUGUGGCAAUUUGUUUUUGCUACGGUCAUGGGAGGUCGGUAGUUGGAUCGCAGAAUUCUUUGAUUUUUCGUAAUCUACAAAGCUGGUUUUAAUUAGUAUCGUCCAUUGAAGGAUUGCCUGUUUUUGGAAAGAAACUUCAUUCGGUCAAAGUCUAUCCGUUAAUCGAGCUAUCUACGUGAGGAUUGGCUAAAUUUCGUCAUCUCUAGUUUCAGACCAAAGAAAAUAAUGUGCUGACAAGGUAGUCGCUGUUUCUGAAAACGUUAUUGGCUGGUUAUGGUCCAGUAUUUAUCCCUAAUUGAGGAGGUUCUUAGAAGGUCCACAUCGUUCCAUUUCACGAUGUGAUCAGCAAUUAUUGCAGCAAGAAGUAGUCACAUGACCAUAGGUUUGAAAUGCUCACAUUGUGAUCGUCUAUCGCAAUCUACUGCCCGUGUCACACUUCGUCUGGAGAAUUGAGAUGAUGGUAUUAUCGUAUGAUAUAAAGGCUAUUAUCGUAUUGUUGUUGGCUUUUGACUGAAUCGACUGAUAAAGUAUUGUUUGAUUUCGAGUUCUGGUUUUGAAUUAGCUUCAGAAAUACGCAUGACGUGUUGAACACGCUGCUAAUUUCUUCCUUGUUCCCAGGGAAAGAGCUAACCUGCUGAAGUCAAGGAAACUUCUAGAAUGUUAGGGAAUUUAUAAAUAGCCGCAACAACAGCGCAAUGAAAUCUGCAAACGUUUCUGUAUUUGGAUUUAGCUAAGCAUAAACCCACAAUGGAAUCACUGCCGUGAACGUUUUAGAAAUAGAAUUUGAUACAAAAGUUGAACGCUCUAAAGACUUUCCUGCUUCACCAUUAAUAUGCACAGUUACUUUUUUAUUGACCCGACUGGAGAUCCUGGAAAACAAUAGAAGAAACUUAACUAGAAGUUAAAGUGACCUCUUUUCCUUUCUUUUUUACAAAGAUUGAUUAAAAGCUUGUGGAUUGUUUCUAUAUUGGCCAAUUUAAUUCUGAAUACGGCAAACUUGUUUCUUUGGCUACGCAUGCUUUGACAGAGGACAGUUUUAAUCAGAUGUUGUUUGAUGUGAUGCUGUAGGUCAUAUGAUCUUUACCUUACUCGUGUCACCACGUCUGACUGGAGUUUCUGGAUAUUUUAUCAACCAGAAUGGCGAAGUUGAAACUGCAUUGCUUUUCUCCAAGAAUUUGUGUCUUUGAGGAUUUUGCUCUGUGUUUCUGAAACGUUUUUUCGCCUAAGCAAGGCAAAAGUAGAUCCGCAGUACUUGGAUUUUGAAUUCGUGGUUAUCAUUUUAUUGCAUUACAGUUUUCGGAAGUUUCGCUGGAGUUUUAUAGUGAUGUCAAUUAAUGGCAUAAAUAAGUAAACAUUUUUCAUUGCACAAGGAGAUGCGCCACCAGCAGGUAGAAAGAAUCGAGACAAUGUUUUGACCGAUGUUCAUGUCCAGAUCAUAUUGCCUCUUCGUUGAUUAAAAGUCAAUCGGGUUUGCAGUAAAAAAACAAAUAAUAACCCAUAUUUGCAAAGCAUUGCUUCUGAAGCAUUGAUUACACUGUUCAGGUAUUCCGAAGAACUAUAUAAAAGGAUUUGCUUAUCAGAUUGGCCAUAACGUUGACUGGGGAAAGUGCUGCAAGGAUAUCUUCUCGGCUGUUUUCAUGUUUCCUUGCUUUUGUUGUUGAAGCACCUUCAUGAUGCUUUACUGCAGUGAUGUAAUCUGAUUUCGAAUGUAAAUAUAACUUGAUCACACUGCUCGUAAUGUCUUCCUACGCUAUACGGCCGCGAAGAGUAGGCAAAACUGACUUGGAUUCAAGUGAUAUGCCAUCUGUCAGGGUAAACCCCUUGAGACUUAGUCUGCAGAGAAUUUUCGAAAAAUCGAAAAUAAAGCGAGCAUUUUCGUCAACAUUCGAUCUUAGUCGUGAGUCGAUAGAUUCGGAAUUCGAUAGUAUGAUGAAUUCCCAGGACACGGAUUCGGAUCAUGAUGCUGAUUAUGACGAUGUUUUUGAAGUAGAAAAACCGAAGUUGCGACGGAGGCAUUCGUUCACAACGAUUCAAGCAAUGGCUCAGACACUUGUAGAAGAGGACCCGGGACGAGAACUGUUGAGAGUUCGCUUUUACGAGCCAGGGUGUGAACAACCCCAUGAUUCUGAAGUCAUCAAUGCAGUAAGAGGGAAGUCCCUAAAAGAAUCAUUGUGGCCACUCUUUGAAAAACGCGGGCUGAGUUUCGAGACGCAUUCCGCAUGUCUUGAUGCCUCAAACACGCCUUUACCUUUAGCAUUUGAUAUUUACCCUCUUGGUGGAAACAUUUUGCAUGUUAGAGCAAUCGAAGACCUCAAAGUCGACAAACGAAUUAUAGAAAUUGCGAAAAAAGCUUAUCACCGAGAUGAAAGCAAGAAGGAACAGAGUCAAAAAGGCAGAAAAAACCUCUUCUCGCAUCUUGGUGAUGAGAAAAUGCAGUCAUUUGAUCAGGGAAGAGGAGGCCCGCAGAGGCGAUCAGGAAUUUAUGAAGUUCCAAAGUUGAAGGAUGUUACGCGAACGUUCAAUGAUGUCUUAGAUUUCUAUAGUGUGUAUGGAAUAGAUGGAGAUCGAGGCGAGAAUGAAGACGAACUUGAUGGAGAAUGCGACGAAUUUUUUAUGGAAGAGUCAUGGACUUUGGUUAUCGAUCACCCAGAGGAAUUACCUAAAAAGAGAAAGGAUCAACAGGAAGCGAUUUGGGAACUCCUUACAACCGAGUCCAACUACCUGCAGAGGCUUAACCUUAUCAAUAAGCUCUUUCUGCGAAGUCUGCAAAAUCUUCAGAGUGAAGGAUAUUUGCAAGAAAUCGAUAUUUACCAAUUAUUUGGUAACAUUGAAGAAGUUUGGGAAGCUAAUUCCUCAUUUUGGUCGAAAUAUCUCAAGCCAGUGAUUGAAAAGGCACGCAAAGAUAAAGAAAUGCUCUCGCCUGUGGCAUUAUACGAAGGUUUUUCACGUUUUUCGGAGAUUUUCCAUCCGUAUAUGAAGUAUUGUAUGGAAGAAGCAAAAUGCUUGCAAUAUCUGAAGACCAUUAGUAAUGAAAAUGAGAAGUUUAAAACUUAUUUAAAGUGGUGCGAAGACCACAAACUCUGUAAUCGUUUAAAGUUGACGGACCUGUUGGUAAAACCAAUGCAAAGACUUACGAAAUACUCGCUGCUUAUGAAAGCAAUUCUAAAAAAGACACAGAAUCAUGACGACAAAGCUGUUGUCCAGCAGAUGAUCCGUUGCGUGGAUGCAUUUGUGGUGCAUGUGAAUUCUGCUUUGCGAAUACGUCACGAGCAAAAGAAAAUGCAGGGAGUUGUCGAGAAGCUUGAUUUUUACAUGCCAGUAGAGCCAGUGAAUGACGAAGUGGAAAAAGUGCUUGGUGAUUUUUCAAGUUUUGAUCUCAACUGCAGUGUCCCAUUUCUAACUGCCAACGAGCAUCGAUGUGUGGUAUUAGAGGGUCCCAUGAAAUUAGCAGAGAAGCAGAACAGGACGGACGUGUAUUGCUUCCUAUUCACUGAUAUUUUCCUGAUUACCAAAGCCAAAAGAAGUAACGAAAAGCUGAAAAUUUUAAAGCAGCCUUUCAGAUUAAACAAGGUGAUCACUAAGCCCCUUAAAGAAUCUGGAGGCUUUCUAUUCCUGUAUCUAAACGAAUACGGUUCUUUGGUUACCGCUUUUGUGUUGCAACCACCGCUUGCAGAACAGACUAAGUGGAUUCAAAACAUUGAUCGAACAAAAUUCCGUUACAACAAGGCGAGAGCUGGCCGAGGAUCGACGUACGAGUUCUUCGACGACGAUCUCAAUUCACCCUUCAUUCCUGUUAGCCCUCACCAAUCACCGAAUCAAGAGCGUCGUCCCUCCCGGCAACAAAAGCUAUCCAACGCAUCGUACUACGAUAUUCACCCGUCAAUUAUUGUGACGGAUCAGCUCAUGGAGCAGAGAAAGCCUCGGUCCUACUCAAUUGAACCUCGACGUGUGACCAGUCCUCAUAUCGAGAAUUCGAAGCUUUCUGAAAGCUUUGAUACGAGUAGUAAAGUUGUUCGCUCGGUGUCCGAUCCUAAAAACGAUAAGAAAAUUGAAGAAAUAAGAUCGCGAGACAAGGCUCCUUUCUGGCAAGGAAGUCGACCGGCUUCGAUGAUAAUGCCCGGAAAGGGAAUCGAAGACAUUAACGCGUUUACCAUGAACGAACAACGAAGUCGCUCAGGGUCCCUCGGGUUGGAUUCUCCCCCAGAUGAUAGCGAAGGUCGUCGGAAUGAGAGCUUCCGUAGUACGUCAUCAGAUACGGCUUUAACCCGUUCUGAAAUGCUACGAAAUGAAAUACGGAAGCAAAUUAAGUCAUCUUCCAGUGCUCCAGAAGUCUCCAAAGUUACAAAAGAGGUUCGAAGACGCUAUAGUGAUGGCCCUAACGACUCGCCCUACUCUCGUAUAUCGUCAGACUCAGGACACAGGGCUACAUCAGUUUCAUCAUCAAGCACCUCUGUAAGCACGGAAAGAGGUGGUUUAUCACGUGAUAACAGUUUUAAGAAUCGACAACGAGAUAUUUCUGAACUAGACGAAAUCUCCCAGGAUGAAAAGGCAAUGGGGAGAUCGACGCCAAGCUUCUUUUUAGAACUGGAGGAUAACAUAGAUUUAAAAGAAUCGAUGGUCGACGAAAAUGCCGAUGUUAGCAUCUUGCCCUCGCUAGUCGAUAUUGAGGUUCAGACGGAGCCUACGUUGAAUCUAUCUGAUAUGUAUUGCCAGACGGAGGCUGCAGAACCUCACUGCGGAAAAAUUGACCGAGAAAUUCAAACUGACAGUAUAGAAAUGACCUCAAACUUACAAAAUAUUGAUGAACAAAGGGGUGAAAUUGGAAUACAAUGCGACAUUAUGGAACAAGUAACUUCUGAACUCCUAAAUUGGGAAGAUUUGAUUCCACAAACACAAACUGAGUUAAUGCGCAGACAAUCGCUUGAACAGAGGCGAUCGUUCGGCCUGCGAAAUUGUCAAUCAGAAACCGAUUUGCGAACACCACGCGGUUCCGUGCGAGGCAUUCAUUUCCGGUCUCUUAGUGAUAACGGACCAACAGAAGUAGCUACAGAUGCAAAUGGGAACCAUGAAACGCCUUUAGUUCGAAAGCGAUAUUCUAGUUCUGCCCUUCAAAGUCCUGGAAUGCGUGCUUUGCAUUUUCUUUCUCGGUCUUUGGAAAGUUCUCUGCAUACAAAAUCUCAGUCGAUCCAGUUGCUAGAACCUGAUAGGCCAUUGCGAAAAAUGCAGCCAAAUUCUCCUGUUUCAUUACGACGAGUUGCCCUUCUGAAUUCUGCACCCGCUUCAAAACGAAAUGAUUUACGGAACGGCGAGAGAGGAGAGAGGGUCAAGGCAAAGCAACAAUCAAAGCGUGCAACGUGGCAUAGUGAUUCUGCCGUGGAAUUGGGGGCCGAAUCUUUUCGCGGUUCACAGGACGAUUUGUCAAUGUUAGAAAACUUUGCAGGUGUUAGUAAUAACAAAGAUGAAGAGAAGCCUAAAAGACCCGAGAGAAAGAAGAAUAAAGGAAAGAAAAAAGAGGAUAAAAAGAAGAAAAAGAAAGAUACUGCUUCUCACGGUGGGGUUGUUUCUGGCCCGAACAUGGACAAACGCAAAGCCCAGAGGAUUUUCUUAGAAAAUUCACUUAUGCAUGAAAAACCGGAACUGGUAUGAGAAGAAAUCAUAAGGCAUUUGCAGGUCAGAAGUCAGGAUGACAACGCCUUGCCAAUAAUGACGUAGUUAACUGUUUCCUUGUAGAAUUUGUCCAUUAAAGGUAGAAUUCAAUUUCCGUUCAAGUCAUGUUAAUAUGGCGUUUUUUUUACUUUAAGUGAGCUGUUGGAUCGGAAUGCCUGUGUACCCACCAGCCUAAAGUAGUCAUCGUCACACCCAUUACCAGUCUCAACUCACAUCAUUGCCGCCGGUGUCAUCUUCAUUACGUCAUCAUCAUAACGUCAUCGUCACUACGUUUUCGUCGUAAUGUCAUCAUGGUUACGUUACGAAACCAAGGCUCACAGACAGCAACUCACGCCAGAAUGGUUGCCAACUUUAUUGUCACAUUGUUACCAGUCAUAGCAGUUAUAAGAGCUUCAAAGUCUUGUCUUCUCUAAAUCGUAAGCCACUUUCUAGAAAAUGAUAAGCAACCAGUUUUCAGGAAAACGAUAGAAUUUCAUAUUAGUUUUUCAAAGUUCCAUUCUUCAUGACGCAGAAACAGAUUUGACGUUCCCUGGUCUCGUUAAGUAGUAAUUUAAUGCUUAGUUGACAAUUUAUUUUACUGAGGCGGCAGUGCCACGAGAGUUUAUUAUUUUCUUUUCAAUUUUACUUAUCCUCUUUGACGUUUAAGUAGCUUUCUGAUUGACCCGUGUAACAAAUCUGCUACAAUUCAUUCUAGAGACAUACCACCUAUAUUAUUCCCAUCAACAAACAAUGUAUGCGACAUACUCUCUUGAGUAAUUUGAUGGAAUUAUACGUUGUCCUGUUUAUUUCUUCCCAUUCACUCAAAAAUUCACCGACUUAAGUUGCAAAUUGUUUGUGUUAUAUUGCACAUGGCUUUCUCUUGACUGGUCCAACGAAAUAUAAACAACGGAGUUUAAGUUGAAAAUGGUAAUUUUUCUCACAUCAAAAUUGGCCCUAAUUUUGGUUUGGAACAAUUUAGUUCUGAUUAUUUCUGGAGCAUACCCAGUUUUGUUCCGUUUGUGCUAAGAGUAGAAAAUUAUUUUAAAGAUGUUUCGCCUGACUUUUUCCUGAUUGCCUCUUCAUUUAAAUUUGAAUUAGAACGUUUUAAGAUUUUCAGUAUCUAGUAUGACUGCAUUUCUUUACAUCAUUAUAAAAGCAACACUCACUGGCUGCAAACUGUUUCUCACAUUACAUCAGGCAACCAGCGUCUUUCACCAGGCUGUAGUAUCUAUUAACCCACUUUUUGUUAUGAGCUAUCUUACACAAAGUUAAAACCAUAUCGAUAUAAUUCUUGGACAGUUGUCGUUAUACCAACGAUAUUAAAUGGUGUGUUCAUAUUUGUAGGUAUGUGUAAAUAUUCUUAAUCAAUUUAGGGUUUUCUACCAAUUGUCACAGGUAAAUUAAAAUUUGAUAAUUUAAAGACACCACUUGAAGACGUGGUAUUUUUUAUUGUCUGUCGUUAAUUGUUAUGUUUUGUAGUUUAUUGUCAGUGAUUUCGUAAUUUCCUUAUCAUAACAGUUGGUGUGUUUUUGCUUGA